AUGGAGAUGCUGGAAGACGUGGAGAUGCUGGAAGACGUAGAGAUGCUGGAAGACGUAAAGAUGUUGGAAGACGUGGAGAUGUUGGAAGACGUGGAGAUGUUGGAAGACACAGAGAUGCUGGAAGACGAGCAGAUGCUGGAAGCCCUGGAGAUGCUGGAAGACCUGGAGGUGUAGGAAGACGAGGAUUUUCUGGAAGACACACCUUCGUUGGAAGACAAGGAUUUCCUGGAAGACAUGUCUUUGUUGGAAGACAAGGAUUUCCUGGAAGGCGCACCUUCAUUGGAAGACAGGGAUUUUCUGGAAGACAUGGAUUUCCUGGAAGGUGCACCUUCAUUGGAAGACGAGGAUUUUCUGGAAGACGAUUUUCUGGAAGACGUGGAUUUCCUGGAAGGCGCACCUUCAUCGGAAGACGAAGAUUUUCUGGAAGACGUGGAUUUCCUGGAAGGUGCACCUUCAUUGGAAGACGAGGAUUUUCUGGAAGAGAUGGAUAGGCUGGAAGACAUGAAUUUGAUUGGAAGACAUGGAUUUCCUGGAAGACAUGGCUUUUCUGGAAGACAUGGAUUUUCAGGAAGACCCGAAUUGUCCGGAAGACCUGGAUUAUUUGGAAGACGUAGAUUUGCUGGAAGACCUGGACGUUAUAGGAAGACAUAAAUUUUCUGGAAGACGUGGCUUUGCUGGAAGACCUGGAUUUAGUGGAAGACAUAGAUUUUGUCGGGAAGACGUGGAUUGACUGGAAGACCUGGAUUUGAUGGAAGACGUAGAUAUUUCUGGAAGACGUGGACUGAGAGGAAGACCUGGAUUUCUUUCUGGAAGACAUGGAUUGACUGGAAGACUUGCAUUUUUCUGGAAGACAUAAAUUAGCUGGAAGAUUUCGAUUUGGUGGAAGACAAAGAUUUUCUGGAAGACAUGGGUUGGCUGGAAGACCUUGAAAUUGUUGGAAGACAUGGAUUUUCCUGGAAGAUAUGGAUUUUUUGGAAGACCUAUAUUUGUUGGAAGACUAGAUUUACUGGAAGACAUGGAUUGACUGGAAGUCGUGGAUUUUCUGGAAGACUGGUUUAGCUGGAAGACCUUGAUGUUGCUGGAAGACUUGGAAUUAGUUGGAAGACUUGGAGUUGCUGGAAGAUCUAGAGUCGCUGGAAGACCUUGACACUGGUGCCACUGGAAACCCUGGACAUUGGAGACAUUGGAAGCACAGAAUGUUGGAGACAUUGGAAGUCUUAGAUUUUGAGGACAUUUGUUAUUCUGGACACUGGAGACUUUGGAGGCCCUGAGUGUUGGAGUUAAUGGAUACUGGAAGCCCUAAAAACUAAAGACACUGCAAGUCCUGUACCUUGGAAGUCCUAAACAUUAGAAGAUAUGGACAAUAGAAGACCUAGAUAUUUAGAAAUCUUAAAAUCAGAAGGCCUGGAUAUUGGGAGACUCUGGAAAACCUGGAUAUUGACAUAUUUAUGUUAAAGGACAGAAUUUGGAAGAUGUAGUUUUCAUGAUGCUGUAAGUCAAGGAUGUUGGCAGCCCUGGGCAUUAGGACACUUGGACAUUAAAAGAUCAAGAUAUUAAGAGAUCAAGCUAUUCAAACACUGAGGAUGUUGGAACACCUGAAUGUUAGAAGACCAGGUUCUUGGAGAUAUUGAAAGACUUGGGCAUUAGAGGAACUUGUGAUGACAAAACAUUGUAAAAUCAGGAUUUAGGAGAUACUAUAAAUUGCAGGAACUGAACUAUCUAUGUGUUAUAAGAUAUUAGAAGAAAAAAAAAGAUAUUAGAAGAGCUAGACUUUUUUACACAAUGAAAUAAUGGACUCUAGAACACCUGUCUAGGAGGCACUGGUGGAUUGAGAUCAUAGGAAAAAAUGGCAUUUAGAACUCUGGACCCUGAAAGGCAAGACAUAGAAGAUUCAUUUUUGGAGAUAUUAGAAGACCCUGAUAUUAAGGAGAUUAGAAAACAUUGGCAGUGAAGAUACUGCAGGCCUGAGCAGAAAACAUGGAAAUUGUAACAUGCAGAAGAUCUAGAAGAUCUGGCAACUGGAGAUAUUAGAAGACAUGUAGCUCAGAAUACCUGAUAUUAGAGACACUGAAAAACUAAAAGGAUAAUCUUAGUCCUUUUUAAUCUUAGAGAUAUUGGAAGGUCAUAUUGAAAAAUAAUUUCAUACUAGGACCUGAUGAAAAACAUAAGACUAACAGUCUUUAUGAAUAUAGCAUCUCUUCCACUAAAAAGUAAAACACAGAGAAAGGACUUUUUAGGCUGAUGACAAAGAGGAAACAGGCAAAUUAAUUAGAAGUAAGUAGUUUCAAUGGAUUGGAACAUAUUUCAUAGUUUCAGUGAACUGGGAUUUUAGGGGUUUAUUGACUGACAGCGCAAGAAUGAGGAAUUAUCAAAGAACAAGCAAAGACAUGGCCAGGGGAACCACUUGGCUUUAGAUCAGGGGUCAGCAAAAGUUUUCUGUAAAGGAUCAGAUAGUAAAUAGUUAAGGUUUUGCAAGCCAUGUGGUUUCUCUUGCAACUACUCAAUUCUACCAUCAUAGUGCCGCCUUAGAAAACACAUAAAUGAGCUGGGCCAGACUUGGCUCAAGGGCCUGAGUUUGCCAGACCCAGCUCUAGAUACCACAUCUAGGGUGUGGUAAGCUUAAGUACAUUCCAGUCUAGCACUCAUGGAAAAGAGUGGAUAGAGCAGUUUGAAGCCCAAUGGUAAAUAAAGAUCCUAUGCAUGUGAUGCUAUUCAGGAGACAAAGCUGGCAAGAACCUAAGAACGAAGUUUAGAUCUCUGAUUAAUUGUUUCAGGGCCCUCAACAGGAUAUUUGUAUUCAAAGCCAAAAUUAAGUGGGUGGUAUUCAAGGCCCCAGCCUAGGGGGAUAGGGUUUAGUGAGGAUGCCCUAAUUUAGUAGGUUGGAAGCUUAAAAAGAAACUCACACAAAUUUUUUUUUUUUUUUAAGAAA